AUGUCGGGGAGCCGCGAGUCCGUGCUGCAAGAAAUCAAAACGCAGAUCGACUUCACCGGGGACAUCCGAAAGCUGAAGAAGUCCCGCGCCACGGCGAUCGAUAGCGUGCUAAAAAAGCGGGAAAAGACAGGCACCGACCCCGAUCUCCCGGUGACUAAGCAAAUUAGCGACGGGACGCGACUCAUGGCCGGGAAUGGAGAUGGCUCCGCCCCGACGACCUCUUCCUCUAGCAGGAGCAUCCCGACCACGUCUACGAACGGGAUAAAGAACCCCAGCCCCCCGCCUCAAACUUCUCCGGGAAAAAAAAGAAGGAAGACCGCCAUCCCCCCGAUAGCUCCCCCACUAGCGG